ACCUUGUGUGUUGUGUUUGUGUGAGGGAGGGGGGCUCGGGGGCGUGUCCGCUCGGACGUGAGUAAAUGACGUCACCGUGUCGGCGGCGAGCAGUCCAACAAACAUGGCGAGAGAAUGGCGCGGCCAGCAGGGUUACAUAGUCACUGUCCUCAUCUUCCUGUGCAGCGCCGACGGAGCUCGCUCGGAGGCGGCAUCCGGCGAAGGAGGCGGCAGUCAGGUGCUCGGUAUGCGGCUGGAGAGCAGUGACAAGCCGGCCAACACGGGUGACGACGGCGUCUUGCAGGUGACGGAGGACAGCUCCGUGCGGCUGCGCUUCUACGGGCUGAGGCUGCACUCCGCCGCCUGGACGCUCGUCCGCUUUACGGAGCUGGGUGGCGGUGAGGCGGGGGAGCCGCCGGAAAGGACUUGCUCGGACUUCACGAAGGACAUCGGGGUCGGGACCUUUAUGAACGUCAGCGGCAGGGGCACGGCGGGGCUGCUGCGCGUGCACGUUAAGCCUCUGCGCAAGAGCGAGCCGAGCAAGGAGUACGCGCUGUGCACGCGCAGCGCCGACGGCCGCUGGCUGCAGCUGGAGGAUGGAGACGGUCGGGUUCUUGUCCUGGAGGAGAGAAAGUCCUUGCUUCCUCUCUGGCUGCAGGUCAUCCUCAUCUCCUGCCUGCUGGUCCUUUCCGGGAUGUUCAGCGGGCUCAACCUGGGCCUGAUGGCGCUGGACCCCAUGGAGCUGCGCAUCGUGCAGAGCUGCGGCACAGACAAGGAGAAGAAGUACGCCCGCAAGAUCGAGCCCAUCCGCAGCAAGGGCAACUACCUGCUGUGCUCGCUGUUGCUAGGCAACGUGCUAGUCAACACCACGCUCACUAUACUCCUGGAUGACCUGAUUGGGUCGGGCCUGGGCGCCGUGGUGGCCUCCACUGUAGGCAUCGUCAUCUUCGGCGAGAUCGUCCCCCAGGCGCUGUGUUCCCGCCACGGGCUGGCGGUGGGCGCUAACACCAUCAUUCUCACCAAGUUCUUCAUGUUCCUCACUUUCCCGCUGUCCUUCCCCGUCAGCAAGCUGCUGGAUGUCCUGCUGGGCCAGGAGAUCGGCACCGUGUACAACCGCGAGAAGCUGGUGGAGAUGCUGAAGGUGACAGAGCCCUACAACGACCUGGUCAAGGAGGAGCUCAACAUGAUCCAGGGGGCGCUGGAGCUGCGCACCAAGACAGUGGAGGACGUCAUGACCCCCCUGGCCGACUGCUUCAUGAUCCAGGCCGAUGCCGUGCUGGACUUCAACACCAUGUCCGAGAUCAUGGAGAGCGGCUACACGCGCAUCCCCGUCUACGAUGACGAGCGCUCCAACAUCGUGGACAUCCUCUACGUCAAGGACCUGGCCUUCGUUGACCCUGACGACUGCACCACACUCAAGACCAUCACCAAGUUCUACAACCACCCCGUCCACUUUGUCUUCCACGACACCAAGCUGGACACCAUGCUGGAGGAGUUCAAGAAAGGAAAAUCCCACCUGGCCAUCGUCCAGAAAGUCAACAAUGAGGGGGAGGGGGAUCCCUUCUACGAGGUGCUGGGAUUGGUCACCUUGGAAGAUGUCAUUGAGGAGAUCAUCAAGUCAGAGAUCCUGGACGAGUCAGACCUGUACACCGACAACCGCAACAAGAAGCGAGUGGAUGCCAACAAAAACAAACGAGACUUCUCGGCGUUUAAACACGACGGCGAUAGCAAGGCCAAGAUCUCACCUCAGCUCAUGUUGGCUGCCCAUCGCUUCCUGGCCACAGAGGUCAGCCUUUUUGCCGCCUUCCACGUGACUGAGAAGGUUCUGCUGAGGAUCCUGAGGCAUCCCGACGUUAUCCAGGAACUCAAAUUCAACGACAACGACAAGCGAGCGCCACAGCACUUCCUGUACCAGCGUGGGAAACCUGUCGACUACUUUGUACUCAUCCUGCAGGGUCGAGUGGAGGUGGAGGCGGGAAAUGAGAACAUGAAGUUUGAGACGGGGCCGUUCUCCUAUUACGGUGUCAUGGCGCUCAAUGCCCCAUCCCUGGCCGUCACCCCGCCUCUCUCCCCAUCAGUGGCGUCCCCCCCUCCGAGACGCCUUUCUCUUAAGAGGUUUUCCGUGUUCUCUCGUUUCCCAGGUAAACACUCGUAUGCACCCCCCACCACCCAGCCACGGGGAGGGUGGUGGGAGAGGGCGCCGCGCUCAUCCUCCCCAUUCUUCAUCAUCGCCAUCAUCCCUGUCCUUCACCAGCAAGUGUUAGCUGUUAGCCAGAACAAUGAACGUUUGGCUGCUGUAAUGUUUAGUUUGUCCGCCAGAGGGCAGGAGUGAGUCAAUGAGCAGAGGCAGUUUCCAUCGUUUCCAUGGAGACAAGACCCUCUUCAAAGUCACCUGAACAUUCCAAGUGUGUACCGUAAACAUAAAACAUAUUUAUGUCCCAUGAAUAAUAAUGCAGAUUGAUUUUUGAUGUUGUGGCACUAACUGACUUUGCUUGCUGGUUGGGACACUGUCUUUUUUUUUAACUCCGCCCCCUGUAACCACUGAUCUCAGGUCUGAUGUUGCCAGUGGGAUGUUUUUGUCUUUGUUUUUGUUUGACAUUUGACCUUCUUCAAGCUCUGUAGAUGCUAAACUAAGCUAAACUUCGUUUACCUGCGCCGCCACGAAGCCCCUCUCGCACUAACCUUGCUGCUAGGUGCCCUCCUCCCCGUCAUGACCUCACUGACCUCAGCCAAUGAGAGCGAAGUGUUUUGGCCUCAUGUGGCAGCAUGUUCGUUCACCUUUGCAUCAUCUUUGUGUUGCAGUGGUUGUGUCUCAGUUGGCGCACUUGUGUACUUACUCACCCUGAAUGUUCAUUCACAUUGGAAAACCCUAACCCUAGCACACUGUCUCUGCAUGCAUGAAUUCAUUCAUUCAUGGGGUUAGCGUGAAUGGACGGAUGCAUGCAUUUCAGUACAUCAUUCAUUCAUUCAUGGGGUUAGGGUGAAUGGAUGGAUGCAUGCAUUUCAGUACACGAUUCAUUCAAUCAUGGGGUUAGGUUAAAUGAAUGGAUGAAUGCAUUUCAGUACAUGAUACAUUCAUUCAUGGGGUUAGGGUGAAUGGAUGAAUGCAUUUCAGUACACCAUUCAUUAAUUCAUGGGCUUAGGGUGAAUGAAUGGGUGAAUGCAUUUCAGUACACCAUUCAUUCAUUCAUGAGGUUAGAGUGAAUGAAUGAAUGCAAUAAUUUCAGUACAUGAUUCGUUCAUUCAUUCAUGGGGUUAGGCUGAAUGGAUGAAUGAAUGCAUUUCAUUAUAUGAUUCAUUCAUUCAUGGGGUUAGGGUGAAUGAAUGGAUGAAUGCAUUUCAGUACAUGAUUCAUUCAUUCAUGGGGUUAGGGUGAAUGAAUGGAUGAAUGCAUUUCAGUACAUGAUUCAUUCAUUCAUUCAUGGAGUUAGGCUGAAUGGAUGGAUGAAUGCAUUUCAGUACAUGAUUCAUUCAUUCCUUCGUGGGGUUAGGGUGAGUGAGUGCGUGAAUGGAUGGAUGAAUGAAUGAAUGGGAGUACAUGGGGUGUACAGUGAUGUCCUUACAGUACCAGCAAUGUUCCUGUGCAACUGCUGCAGCUUUCUCAGCCACAGCAAAUGUAUGCAACACAGCAAACACACUGGAAAUAAGGCAAACGCUCUGUCCUGUUUUUGAGUGACAGGCGACAACAAGCGGUAACAACAUCCAGUAUAAUCCAGCCAGUGAUUGGUACGUGUCUGCUUCCACAGCCACUCCAUUCGUGGACAUGCUGCUGUCUGGCAGGUUGGCGUGUAGCUAAUGGUGCAGUGGAGUUAAGAGAGCUGCUUGCUAACCCCACAUCACGGCGACCCAAACGGGCAGCACCACAUCCACACACCAAACCAAAAAGCAGUGGUUCUUUAAGGUGGACUGGCUGUGGGGGGUGUGUGGGGGCAAACGGCAGAUUUUUUCUUUUGGAAUGAGAAAAUAGCAAAGCCAAAGUAGCGAGCCAGUUUUGGAGUGAAAAGUGCGGACAUAACCGUGCACGGAGUAGUGGCGUGCUUUUAUUUGAAUGGCUGGACUUAAGGGUCCGGUGCAGUGCGUACUGGGUGGUGUUCCAGGGCGGCCGCCUGGGCGACCUGGUCCUCUGCGGCCAAAUCUAGUUCUUGGGACAUGGAAUGUCACAGGAGCCCGAAGUUGUGCAAGAGGUUGAGGCAAUCCGACUAGACGUGUAGUCGGACUCACCUCGACCCACAGUUCGGGUUCUGGAACCAAACUCCUUAAGAGGGGCUGGACCUUGUUCUACUCUGGAGUUGCUGCAGGGGAGAGGCCUGGGAACGCCUCGGCGUCCUCCAGGUGUGACCGGAUAUCGGGAAGUUUGGGCUUGCAUUCUGAGACCGCUGCCCCUGCGACCCGGACCCGGAUAAGCAAAAAGAAAAAAGAAUGGAAUGGCCGAACUUACCGGAUACAGGAAGUGUUGUGCCGAAGGGACUGGAAGGUCGGUUGAGAAUUGUUUUUUUAGAUUCAGACAAAAGUAAACAUGAACUCCAACAGAAAGGAAGUAAGGAAGUGUAAGUAUACGUCAUUAAGAAAGACAUGGAACAUGAAACGAUCCUACGAGGUCGAAUAGGAUGACAAAGAAACUACAUUGAGAAAUACGCCCUGCCGUGCUCUUCCACCUCUUCCAAAAUACCACAGAAUGGAAGUUGGACGAGCUCAGGUUCUAAGGUUGUGGACAGGUCCUGGUGUGGACGUCCAGGGAAUGCUCAGGUUGUUUAUGUGCAUGCUCACACUUGAAAAAGGAGGGGGAACAUGGCUUACCACCCUUAGCAGCCCUCAAAACCACCAUCUCGUCUACGGAGCGGAAAGGAAGGGACUAACUUGAAGUAACGGUGGCUGAGGGCCAACCUGUAGCAGUGAAAAGUAGUCAACAGAAGAAGAAGCAGCAGCUAAAUACUGUAUUACCUGUCAUUUCCACUAAGUGUCCAGCACUAAAAUACACACACCUCAGGAAGUACACACCACACACAGGCUGCUCAUGUCUUCAGUAAGUACACUGUACACUGCGUACUUCAUUCCUGAGUGUACUGUAUGACUCCUCCCCCUUCUCCUUCUUGGUCUCGUCCUCGUCCUUUUACCUCUCCUUCUCUUCUUACUUCCUUUUCUCCUCCCUCUCGUCCUCCUUGUCGCUCUUCAUUUUGUUCUGUUUCUCCUCCUCCUUGUCCUCCUCAUUCCUCUCCCCCCCCUCUGUCUUUUUCCUUCCUUUUUAAUGGCGAAUUGCAACCACUGGAUUUAGCCCCUCCACUUCUGUUGCGUAUCCAAGAUGGCGAGCGUUGAGGGUCAUGCUGCAGUAAGUGUUGCUGCUUUGAGUGCUACAUACACACAAUGAAGCCUACGGUACGUGCCAGUGUGCCAGUCCCAGCCACAGAGCAGUACACUUCUUAUUCAGUAUUUUAUUUGAGACACGCCCAGUGUGUGCAUGCCUGGUGUGUGUGUGUGUGUGUGUGUGUGCGCGCGUGCAUGUGUGCGUGCUGUCCUUCCCGUCUCUGACACACCGGCCUCCCGUCCAAUUGUAGAAUUUCGCUCCCCGUCCCAUGGGGGCAACCUCAACCGGUCUGCGUCAGUGAGCUGCGGUGAGCGCGGGGCAGAGAGCUCCUCCAUGGGCGGCAGCAACUCUCAGAUCCCAGGAACGCCUUUCCAGUACAUUCCCGACUUCUGCGUGCGCGCC